UUCUUCUGUGUCUGGUUCUGCAUCAGGGUCAGCCAACACUAACAUCAUCAGCACAACACCCACAACUGGUUUAACCACUCUGGUGGUGAAACCUUCCCCAAACUCACCAAAACUGACCCCGCCAGCAAUCACACCUAGAAAAACGUUAAAACUGAACAAUGAGCCAGUAUUAUCAUUCCCUAUGUCCGCGGAGUCAGACAUGGAGAAUCCAGACGACUGGAAGCCUUUCAAGGAUAGUGAUGUGGCAUUGAGGGAUCUUCUGAAGAAGUUGGAGCACGAUGAUUGGGAGACAAAGUGUGAAGGCAUCAACAUGUUGAGGAGGCUGAGCCUGCAUCAUCCAGACACUGUUGUAGCAUCUUUACAUCCAAUAGUUCUAGCCAUCACAAACGAAGCGCAGAACCUAAGGUCACAGGUGUCAAGGUUAGCAAUGAAAGCUAUUAGCGACAUGUUUCAGCACCUAAAGAAACAACUUGAUCCUGAAGUGGAUUUGAUAGCAAAAGUCUUGCUGGCCAAAGGAGGGGAGAGCAAUCAGUUUAUUAGAGAAGAUGCAGAUAAAGCAUUGUGCAGUAUGCUCGACAAUGUCAGCCCUCAGAGGGCGCUGUUAGGUUUGACUGGAGGUGGGGCCAGUCAUAAAAAUCCUAACGUUCGCAAGAUGGCUGCCCAACUUCUGGUGGAUCUUGUGGAGAAACUGGGAUCUGGUCGUAUACUGAGUGGUGUCAAAGACAUUACAGAUAAAGUGUUGCCAGCAGCAUGCCAGUUUACUACGGAUGGGUCUCAGGAGACAAGGUACUAUGGUCGUAAAAUCCUAUAUAUGCUAAUGGCACACCAAGACUUUGAUCGCAUGCUAGCCAAGUAUGUCCCUGCCAGCAGUCUCAGAAAUAUCCAGGAUAUUGGACUCGGAGAACAUCCCAGUGAGAUUUCUUCAGCUCGAUCCAGGAGGUCUGGUCAUGGCAGCCGAUCUAGUUCAGCUGUACGAGAGGGUUCAGCCAGCAGCUCUGCUGAUAGUGGAUUGGGCAACCAGCCCCUGAAGCGAAGAACUCUAACCCGAACGAAUGACGCUCACAUGGAGGAGGUGAUGACCAUGAUUGGGCUUCUGAGUGCCAACAACUGGCAGCAACGAUAUGAAGGCAUUUCUAAGUUUUUGUCCAUGUGUGAAACAAAUCCCAUGUUAGUUUCCACACAUAUUAUAAAGAUAUUUGACAAGUUCCUACCUCGACUGCAAGAUUCCAACUCCAAGGUCAACAUAUAUGCAUUGAAGGUGAUGCUACAGGUGACCCCCAUCCUCAGAGAUCACCUGGCUAAUGUCAUCAGCAUGACUGUUGCCUCAGUGGCUCCAAACCUCAGCUCCAAGAACAGAGAGAUCAACUCAACAGCAGCUGAGAUAUUGGAGGGCUUCAUUGAGAAUUUAGAUCUGUCAUUACUGGUACAACCAUUUUCUAACCAAGCAAUCAAUGCAACAUCAAGAAGCAAGGCUGAUUUAGUUCUCAAAGUUGCAUAUCUUGUAGAACGCGUCUACCCCCGCAAACAGAAGCAAGUUGUACUUCAUGUCCUGCCGCUGCUGUGGCACCUUCUUGGAUCCAUGAAUACCAGUGGGGCAGCCAUCCAUGGGGGCAGUGGGGACCUGCGGCAGGCUACUAGUCUACUGGCCUGCAAGUUGCACGAGUGCAUGGGUCAGAGCCUGCUAGAGAAGGCCAGUGCUGAGCCCACCAACACACAGAGACAGCUGCAAAUGUUGCAGAGUUUGCUGGAAGGCAGUUAA